AGCUUAUAUAGGAGGUUUAAAAGUUGGCAACACUGUUUAUCCACGUAACCCCCUCCACUUCCAUUCUGUACAUUUAGUGGGCGAUAAGAGCGUAAUUAUUUUAUUGUCAUCAUUUUGGGGCACUCGAGUGGCGUUUUUUUUUCCGGCUGCUUUCUCAAGUGGCCACUACACUUUUGCAGUGUGCGAUAAGCGGAGUAGACGAUAAGAAACUGACCAGCAAACCAACUACACUCUUUACUCAUUUCGUUAUUGGUUUAUUGGGACAGUAGCGAAGUGAUUUGAUUUAUUAGUUAAAGGGGCAGAGAAACAUGAUCGAGAUCAAGGCACAAUUAAAAUUGUCAGUUACUACAGGCCAUUCGCGUUUUCCAACACUAAAAGCGUUUUGUUGUUGCCUCCGUCUCUCCGCCGCCUCUCUUCCGCUCUUCUCUCUCUGCCUCUCCUCUCCCAUGCCGUUUUCGGUGGUUGCUCUUCGGCUCUUUUUUUUUUUGUGUUGGUUUUCCGUUUUCAGUCGUUCAAAAAGGACGCCGCGGAGAGGCUCGCGCAAAAUAUUCGAGAGAAACGUCGCUUAUUUAUUUAUUGUUUUCGUUUUUUGUUUUUCUGUUAUUUAAAACAUUAACAAUACCACAUAGGCACAAAACUAAUUAUGGUUAUGGAAUGGAAAAGAAGCUGGCGAAGGUGGCCCUGAAUAGCAGCAACGUAGCAACGGAAAGCAAUAUUAAGAGUAAUAAAUUGUUAGCUAAUUUAAGUGCGGCAGGAGCAGCAGCUACAGCUACAACGGCAACAGCAGGAACAGCAGCAGCAACAACAACAUCGACGGCGACAACGGCGAAUCAAGCGCUGAAUUUCAAUAACAAAACGAAGGCAACAACAACAACCACUGCGGCAGCAGCAGCAUCGGCGAAUAAUCAGAAGAGCAACCACAACAACAACAACAACUCCAGUGCGAUCAAGAAGCACACAAACUCGAAACUACCUGGCAAGAGCCCCGCCUGCAACUCCUCCUCCUCGUCGCUCUCCUCGUCGAGCAGCUCCAACUCGAGCGAGUCGAAGGACACGAACUUCGAGUACGAGGACGAGUGGAACAUUGGCGGCAUACCAGAGCUGCUGGACGACUUGGACGCGGACAUCGAGAAGUCGGCGCAUUCUUCGGGUGGUGGCAACCAGGCUACCGCGCUAAAUGCCAAGCAGGCAACCAGCUCCUCCACAUCCUCCUCAUCAUCCUCCAAGAGCGGAGCGUCUUCAUCCUCAGCAGCGGCAGCAUCCUCGCACAAAUCGCACAAGACCACGUUGCACAGCAAUUUGUCGGCCACAUCGCCAACCACAAUUAAGUUCACACGCCAGCCGGUGGCCAGUGGCGGAGCUAACUCCUCCUCCUCCUCGUCGGCAGCUGCAGCGCCCAGUGGCGGCAGUGCGAACGCGGUGGCCAAGGGUUCAUCCUCUUCCUCGUCCUCCACAUCCUCCUCUUCGUCGGGGAAGCAUCACCAUCAUCACCACCAUCACUCCAGCUCGAGCAGCAGCAGCGGGAGCAGCUCCAAGGGCUACAAGUCUGCUUUGGUGGCUCAACUGAACAGUCCGAGUCCACUGAACAGUAGCUCCAAGUCCCUGAGUGGCUCGGGGAGUGGAAGCGGGAACACAAACGGAGCAGCGGGAGCUGGAGCCGGCAGCACAUUGUCAUCCUCGACAUUUGCGGGCUUCUCCAAGGGCGGCAGCUUAGUGUCCUCGGGAGCGACAGGAGCGGCAGCAGCAGCAGCUACAGUGGCUGGCAGUGGACAAGCGGGCUCCAAAUUCUCCGCUGGCGGCAUGUCCUCGCAAACGGGCAGCGGCAGCGGCGGCAACAACACUAGCAACAGCAACAACAACAACGGCAGCAGCAGCGGAAGCGGAGGCAGCGGCUCAGGCAGCAGCAGCGCAGGGAACAGCGGAAGCGGCAGCGGGAGCAACAACAGCAACACAAACGCCGGUGGGCCGCCGAGUUCGCAAGGCGGCAACAGCGGAAGCGGUAGCGGUAACAGCUCCAGCUCCUCCAGUGGUAAAUCGAGCGCAAAGAUGUCCAUAGACCACCAGGCGACGCUAGACAAAGGACUCAAAAUGAAGAUCAAGCGCACCAAGCCGGGCACCAAGAGCUCGGAGGCCAAGCACGAGAUUGUGAAGGCCACCGCCGACCAGCAGCAGAACGGAGCCCUUGGCGCCGCCGGAUCCAAUAGCUCGGCCAACGAGGAUGGGAGUUCCGGCUCCGGUUCCAGUUCCACCAACGCCUCCUCCCUGGGGGGCAACAAUUCGUCGAGUAGUGGUGCCAGUAGCGGCAGCUCCUCCAGCAGCGGCGGCGGCGGCAGUUCGUCGGGCAGCAGCAAGAAGCAUCUGAACAAUGCGAGUGCCGGCAGUGGCUCCUCCUCGUCCGGCGGAGGAGGAGGCGGUAGCCAGAACAAUGCCGGUGGCCAUGCCAGCGGAGGGGGAUCCUCUGGCGGCAGUCAGUCCACGCCGCAGGGCACCAAACGCGGCAGUUCGGGUCAUCGGCGCGAGAAGACCAAGGACAAGAACGCACAUUCCAAUCGCAUGUCCGUGGACAAGUCAGCGGCGGCAGCCUCGGCGGCCGGAGAGAAGGAUACACCGGAGAAGGGAGCCGGCGGAUCGACUUGCUCGUGCAACGGAGAGGUGGGAGCACCUUGCUCUAAUCACGCAUGCAUUCGGCGCGCCGCACACAUGUCAAACUCGGCCGGUAGUUCAAACUCUAGUGGCGGCCCUGGCCAACCCGGUGGUUCAUCUUCCAUUUCGGCAGUGCCACCGGGUGUAUUUACACCUUCGGCGGGUUCACCCUCGGCCGGCUCACCAUCAACGGCGGUGCCAGCGGCAGCCUCUCUACUGGCGGCCACCGGAGCAGCAUCCUCGUCCGCCUCCCAACUGGCCAGCAGUGGUGCCGGCGGAUCUGGAGGAGGCGGCGGUGCCAAUGCACCUGGUCCGCCAGGAAAGGAAUCCGCCGGCAGCAUUAAGAUCUCCUCGCACAUUGCCGCCCAGCUGGCAGCGGCUGCCGCUUCCAAUAGCUACAGCGGCGGGAGUGGAGCCAACUCGAAUCAGGGCUCGAACAGCACUCCCGGCGGCUCGGAGGGCAAAGCAGGAGCGGCAGCCCAGGCCAAGCUGAUGGCACCCGGCAUGAUCUCAGCCACUAUGCACCACACGAUCUCGGUGCCGGCGGGCAGCGCAGGAACCGGAGACGAGGACACCAAAUCGCCGCCCGCCAAGAGGGCCAAGCACGAGGCCGGGGCCAGCGGAACAGGCGGCGGCGGCGGCAACAAGGAGAUGGUGGACAUCUGCAUCGGCACCUCGGUGGGCACCAUCACCGAACCGGACUGCCUGGGCCCAUGCGAACCCGGCACCUCCGUGACCCUCGAGGGAAUCGUGUGGCACGAGACCGAGGGCGGCGUUCUCGUGGUCAACGUGACGUGGCGGGGCAAGACCUACGUGGGCACCCUGCUCGACUGCACCCGACACGAUUGGGCUCCUCCAAGAUUCUGUGAUUCACCAACUGAAGAAUUAGAUUCUCGAACUCCAAAGGGACGCGGCAAGCGCGGACGUAGUGCAGGUCUCACGCCCGACCUGAGCAACUUCACCGAGACCAGAAGUUCGAUUUACAAUAAAAUUUCAAAAAACACGCCCAGGUUUUUUGCACUCAAAAGCUGCAAAAGUAAUUUUACGUUACGCGGUGCAACCAAUGGUGCCACCAAGGGACGCGGGGCGACGCGCAGUGCUUCGGGCAACGCGGCAGCGAACAGCAACAGCAGCUCGUCGGGCAACGGAGGCGGGGCCACGCCCAGUACAUCACCGACAGCGUUCUUGCCGCCGCGUCCCGAGAAGCGCAAGUCCAAGGACGAGGCGCCCUCGCCGCUCAACGGCGAUGCAGCGGACGGAGGAGCGUCUGGCGGCGGUAUCGGCGGUGGAGCUGGUGGAGUUAACAUGGUCAACGCCAGCGGCAUUCCCAUCUCGGCCAGCGGCGGUGGCCUGGCCACGCAGCCGCAGAGCCUGCUCAAUCCGGUCACUGGCCUCAAUGUGCAGAUCAGCACCAAGAAAUGUAAGACUGCCUCGCCCUGCGCGAUCUCCCCGGUUCUGCUCGAGUGUCCCGAGCAGGACUGCAGCAAGAAGUACAAGCACGCCAAUGGGCUGCGCUAUCACCAGUCGCAUGCCCACGGAGCGGGCGGUGGUGCCAGCUCCAUGGAUGAGGACUCGAUGCAAGGAGGAGCCGAGGAGCCGGCCACGCCGCCCUCGCCAGGAGUAGCAAGUGGUGGAGCGGGAGUAGCGGGAGCAUCUGUGACGGCAGCCCCAGCAACAGCGCCUUCAGCGGGUCAGGGAACAGUGGCAGUACCGCCGAACACGCCCACCGCCAAUUCCAGCAACCCCGUCACCAAUGGCAGUGCUGCACCCACGACACCAGCCACUGGAUCGGUAUCUCUUACCGCCCCCAGCGUCCCUAUGGUGGAGACACAAUCGACAGCGCCAAUCUCUGCACCUCCACCAGCCACGCCACCAGCUACAGUUCCCAUUUGUGCCGUGGCAACACCUGGGGCAGAGCAAUCUGCAGCAUCAGUACUGCCGCUGGGCAAUCUUCCACUGACAGCAGGUCCAAAUGCCGCGACACAGCAGCAACAGACUCCCACACAACAGCAGCAGCAGCAGUUGCUCACCCCAGGAGGCAGCGCGGCAAGCAACCAGCAGCAGCAGCAGCAACAACCGGUGGCCGGAGGCAGCAUCACCGCUGGAAUCUCUGGACAAGCGCUGUCACAGCACCAGCAACAGCUAAUGGGUGGACUGCCGGCAAUGCUGUCAGAUCAACAGCAGCAGGCCUUGAUGCAGCAGGGAGCACUUAAAGCGGGAGUUCUGCGCUUUGGCCCUCCAGAUGGAAAUCCCCUGCAGCCGGGACAACCCUCGGUUAAUCCACAAACGCAACAGUCGCCUCCCAGGGCGCCGAGUCAUGUCCAGCAGGAUCAGCAACAGACGCCAUCGGCCUAUGCCCAGCAGGCCGGUUUGAAGACUUCGCCUGGAUUCGGCUCCGUAAACGUUGUGAGUGCCGCUGGCAGCAAGCAGAAGAAGAACCGCAAGUCGCCCGGACCAAGUGACUUUGAGGGUCGUGUUUCGCGCGAGGAUGUACAGAGUCCGGCCUACAGUGAUAUCUCCGAUGACUCCACGCCCGUGGCCGAGCAGGAGCUGCUGGACAAGUCAGUGGGCCAGGUGGUGGCGGCCAAGCAUAUAGAUUUAAUGGGCAAGAAGCCAACGGAGGUGGGUGUUGGUGUACCACCAGCCCCGGCUCCCAACAUGUAUGUGCCGGGAAUGUACCAGUUCUACCCGUCGCAGCAGCAGGCGCCACCUCCACCGCAACAGCAGCAACAACAGCCGCAAUACAUGGUGCAGACGGAGCCGGGCAAACCACCAGGAUUGCCACCUGCUUUGACACAAGCUCAACAACAGCAGCAGAUGCAGCCGGGUGCUCCUCCGCCUACCUCACAGCCCCCCAAUCAUUUGCUGGGCCCACCUGGCCAGCAGCAGCAGUCGGUGGCCGCCCACCUGGCGGACUACAGUGGCAAGAACAAGGAUCCACCGUUGGAUCUGAUGACCAAACCGCAGCCACAGCCGGGUCAGCAGCCACCGCAGCAGCAGCAGGGCCAGCAGUCAGAGAACAAUGGCAAGGAGAUCGUUGGACCGCCCACCUCGCAGCCGGGAUCCCAGCCGCCGCCGGUGAACCUCAGUGCAGUGGCUGGACCGCCGCCAGGAGCUCUGCCACCUGGUCUAGGUGGACUCUCGGCGCUGGGGGCAGCCGGUCUAGGGGGUCCUGGACCGGGUAAAGGCAUGCCACACUUCUAUCCCUUCAACUUUAUUCCGCCUGCGUAUCCGUACAAUGUCGAUCCCAACUUUGGGUCCGUUUCAAUUGUGGCUUCCGAGGAGGCCGCCAAACUAGGUGGUCAUCCGGGUCUGCCGCCCAGCUCACAAGCACAACAGUUGUCGGGGAUCAGUAUCAAGGAAGAGCGCCUUAAGGAGAGUCCCAGUCCGCACGACCAGCCGAAGCAUUUGCCACCGCAGCAGCAGAUGAUUGCCAACAAGCUGAUCAAGCAGGAGCCCCUGACCAAGCAGGAGAUCAAGCAGGAACCCAACUCAAAUCCGGGUCAGCAACAUCCGCCACCGCAACAGCAGCCGGCGCCGCAACCCCAACAGCUGCCACCGCCGCAGCCACAGCAGCCGCAUGCCCUGCAUCCCAAGGAUCUGCAGGCACUGGGCGCCUAUCCCACCAUUUACCAGCGCCACUCGAUGAGCCUGGCGGCAGUGCAGCAGGCGCGCGACGAGGACCUGAGACGGUACUACAUGUUCACGGGGCGACAGAAUCAGGCAGCCGCCGCUGCUGCCGCGGCAGCUCAGAACGCCGCCAGUGGAGGCCUUCAGCCUCAUCCCGGCAUGAUGCACAAGGAUGAGCCAGGCAUGGGAUCCGCGCAACAACAGCAGCAGCAGCAACAACAACAGCAGAUGCAAAUGGCACAGCAGCAACAGCAGGCGAUUCAGCAGCACCACCAGCACCUUCAACAGCAACACCAACAACAGCAGGCGCAGCAACAACAUCAACAGCAGCAGCAACAACAGCAGCAGCAACAACAACAACAGCAGCAACAACAGCAGCAGCAAAAACUAAAGCAGUCGCAGGCGGCAAAUGCGGCGGCCAAUAACAAGGCCACCAACCUGACAAAGGAUUCGCCCAAGCAAAAGGGCGGCGGCGACGAUGAUCAGCCGCUGAAGGUGAAGCAGGAGGGCCAGAAGCCGACCAUGGAGACGCAGGGUCCGCCACCGCCACCCACGUCGCAGUACUUCCUCCACCCCUCGUACAUUUCCCCCACGCCCUUCGGCUUCGAUCCCAAUCAUCCGAUGUACCGCAACGUGUUGAUGUCGGCAGCCGGACCGUACAAUACGGCACCCUAUCACCUGCCCAUCCCGCGCUACCACGCGCCCGAAGAUCUCUCGCGGAACACCGGCACCAAGGCCCUGGAUGCACUGCAUCACGCGGCCAGCCAGUACUACACCACCCACAAGAUCCACGAGCUCAGCGAACGGGCCCUCAAGUCGCCCACCAGCGGCAGCGGCCCCGUCAAGGUGAGCGUCAGCAGUCCCAGCAUCGGGCCGCCCCAGCAGGGCAGCGGUCCCACGAGCAGCGGCCCCGGAUCCGGACCCGUUUCCGGCGUCCUCGGCCCCGGCAGCGGUCCCAACCAGCAGCCCGGCUCGGCACCUGGGUCUGCGGGCGGUGUGCCGCUGAACCUACAGCCACCACCCGGAGGAAUGGGCCCGGCGCCCGGCAGCAAGCCGGAUCUCUCCGGCCCCAAAGGACACGGCGGUGUGACACCCGGUUCGUCCUUGGACGGGCACAAGCAGUCGAUGCCCGGCGGUCCGCCGCCAAACGGGCCGCCGGGCAAUGGAGCCGUGGGCGGAGUGGGAGGCGGCGCUGCGGGCAAUGGCGCGGCGGGAGGAGGCGGUGCAGGUGCCGCCGACUCGCGCAGUCCGCCGCCACAGCGCCAUGUGCACACCCACCACCACACGCACGUCGGCCUCGGCUAUCCCAUGUACCCGGCGCCCUAUGGAGCGGCUGUUUUGGCUAGCCAGCAAGCGGCUGCUGUAGCUGUGAUAAACCCGUUUCCGCCGGGUCCGUCGAAAUGAGAUCCACUGAACGGCAGCAACGAGAAGAAGGCGUAUAACGUGAAGAACAACUAAUGCGGAGCGGCGGAAUGCGAUGCAGCAAUGGGAGACGGAUAAGGCUUUGUUCCCCGUUUGGAUUCCAACCUCUUCCAAUCGUCGAAAUCUGUCGCUGUCUAGGCUGCCUCAAAGAGUAGGCUCGUCCCUUCGAUGCUGAUGCAUCGGCGGUCGGGGAACCGAGAGGAACACAGAAUCAGAAUCGACUAUUUAUAUGCAUAAGUAUUUUUUGAUGUUUCGUUCAACGUGGUUAACUAUAACUAGCCUAAGGUAUCACUACUAUUACCACAUACAACCUAUACAUAUAUAAAUAUAUAUAGCAUAACUACA